AUGUCGGGCGAGAACCAUGGACAGCCUCUCGAGAAGGACUUCUCGAAUGGCUACCAUCUGGAUAGCAACCACGACGCAGAUGAUGCGCUGAGGAGAAUCCGCACCACGGGCAGCCUGUCUAUCUCCCCCGAGCUCUUUGAGAAGAUCUAUCUUUCUCCUCAGAACAAGGUCGCUGGUGAGCUUCGAAAAACCGUUGGUAACCCAACGCCCUUUGCUCUCGUCGGUUUCUUGCUCUCCCUCACACCCCUCUCCUGCGAUCUCAUGGGAUGGAGAGGCGCGCCCACAAACGGCGCGUCUAGCAUUGGCGUCUACUUCACAUUCGGCGGCAUUCUGAUGACUCUGGGCUCCAUUGGUGAAUGGAUUCUCGGCAACACGUUCCCCUGCGUAGUCUUCGGCUCCUUCGGCGCUUUCUGGUUCGCCUUCGGCAUCACCCUGACCCCUUACUCCGGCGCAUACGGCUCGUUCUCACCGAACCCGGACAACCCUGGGCUAGGCGUUGAGACGACCGAGUUCACCUCUGGUUUUGCCUUCUUCCUCGUCUUCAUGGGCGUCCUCUGCCUGGUCUACGCCAUCUGCGCUCUGCGAACCAACCUCAUCCUCUUCCUCAUCCUGCUCCUACUCGUGCCAGCUUUCGCCUGCCUCGCCGCCGCAUAUUGGUUCCUUGCGCAAGAAAACGCCUUAGCUGCCGCCCCUCUAUUGACUGCAGGUGGCGCGAUCGCCUUCGUCGUUUGUAUGCUGGGCUGGUAUAUCUUCGCUGCUAUCCUGCUUGCGGCUGUGGAUUUCCCGCUUUCUCUUCCUGUGUUCGAUCUCUCCCAUAUCAUCAAGGGCGCCAGCGAUAAGAAGAAGGCCAAGGAGGCUGUCUGA